UGAGAUACACGUGUACAAUACAAACAGAUGCACAUAAUACAAGCCUGUCUGCAUUCCUUGCACGGGUGCAGAAUUUACGAGGGCACCCGACUGGUUGGCCCCCUUACACGGAACUUUGUGCGUGUGUGGUAGUGGUGCCGGUCACGUGACAGUGCCAACCAACGCCCAUUAACCAACACAGUCACUAAACUGUUUCCUGUCGGGCCGGGUGAACUCGCGGUGUGGAUCAUAUCAUUGGAAAGGGGUUAGGGCUAUACCAUAGAAAGCUGACUCACUACUCGAGCACGUAGUGGAUGAGACAUCACUCCAUGAGAAUAAUUAUAUCAGAUUGUAGCCUGACAAAUCCCGCGUGUACACCACUCGUACGGAAAAGAACUUACAGCAGAACAGUCGGUAAAGUGGAGUUUUGGUGCUAGUACAGCUGCAGUGUGAAGACCGGUUUCAGACACUUGUUAGUCUGUGAUUUACUUUUGGCAUACAGCUUUGGGCCACGGCACUCGAGACGAGGACAUUCCAAUCAUGUCGGCAGCUAACGGAACCGUAAGUGGAGGGGAUGUGCUGCAGUUUGACGCAGGGCUGAUCAACGCCUCGUCCAAGAAAUACCUGACGACUGAGCUGGGCACGGUGAAUGUUAACGGGACCUCUCUGAAGAGCAAACAGGUCUGGACCCUGAACCCAGCCACCGCAGACGGCAAGCUCUUCUACCUGUCCAACAAGGUGUCCAAGUCCGGUCUGACCACCGUGUACCGCCUGACCUAUGACAAGUACGGCAAGGUGACGGCGGAGAAGAUGGACGAGGAGACCAGCCCGGACCUGAUGCAGAAGUUCAAAGUGGAGCCGCAGGGUGAUGGCAAGUUCGCCAUCAAGGCCGAGACGCUGGACUACCUGAGCGGUUCCGGCGAGCCCACCUGCAAGUCUAAGUCGGUCGGAGAGUCCGAGUCCUGGAGCAUCCAGCUGGCCAUCCACCCUCAGGUCAACAUCUUCAGCGUCCAGCGCCAGCAGUUUGCCCACCUGGACCUGGAGAGAGACCAGACAUGCCAGAUCCUCUUCAACGAGAACAUCCCCUGGGGUGGGGAUGCCGUCAUUACUCUGAUCUACGAUGCGGCGGCCAGCAAGUACCUCAUCCAGGCUUCCGAUGAUCGCUUCCUGAACGCUGACGGCUCCUUGAGGGCGGCUAAGUCCGAAGAAGCCCUCUUCGCUAUCGAGUUCCACGGUGAGAACCUGGCCUUCAAGAACGGUGGCAAGUACUUAUCGGUGGGCGGUAAAGACGGUGAGCUGAUGACCAGGAAAGGUACUGUGGGCAAGGAGGCACUCUUCAAACUGGAGGAUAGCUAUCCACAGGGUGUCUUCUAUAACCUCAGCAACAACAAAAUCGUCUCCAUGAAACAAGAUAUCCACGUUUCAGCCAAUCAGCACGAGGAGACGGACACGGAGACCUUUCAACUGGAAUGUGCCCCGGGUAAGACCAAUGAGUGGGCCGUACGUAGCAGCAACGGUAACUACUGGUCCAUGGAGGCUGGCAAACAAGACAUCCUCAACAACGGCAAAUCUAAGGAUAAGGCCUGCAUUUUCGAGCUGGUCUAUGACGGGCUUGAGGCCGGCACUCUCGCCCUGCGCGCCAAGGCUAACGGCAAGUUCGUGGGCAUCAAGAGCAGCGGGCCGCUGGUGGCCUCGGGCAGCGAGAUCGGCAAGCCCGAGACCUUUCGCUUCAAGCUGAGCAACCGGCCCAACCUGGUGCUGAAGGGGGAGCACGGCUUCAUCGGGCUGCGGAAGAACUUCGAGUGCAACCGGACGACGGUGGACAAUGAGGUCAUUCAGGUGUCGUACGAGAACGACGGUACUUAUAUCUUUAGAGGCCGCGAUCCCAACACAGCAUGGACUGUGGACGGCGAAGGCAACUACACGUUGAGCGAGGGCUCACCGGAGAAGUUCACCUUGGAGUUCAUGAAGAGGUCCCAUUGCCUGAUCCGUGCUUCCAACGGGAAGCUAUUGGAGGGCAAACAACACGGUGAGAUGAGAGCAACAGGCACGGAAAUGAAAAAGAGCACUCUAUGGGAGUUCUAAAGAUUUUUUUCAGUUGACUAAUUAGUUUUUUUUACGGCCACAGAUGUGUACAGAUGACUACAUUGAACCCUUUAAUAGUAAUGCCGCUAUAGAGAUGUUUAUGGGCCAUUAAAGGGGCCAGUCUUUUUUUUCUCUAGCUUUUGCAGGCCACAAUCGUAUUGUGUUGUGAUUAUUCUGGCCUUGAGGUCACAUUCCAUUGGCCAACCACUGGCAACAGUAUCUGCAUGUUCAGCAUAUAAGGUUUCUUUCUUUUGUAUAUUUGAAUCAUAUUUCAUGUUAUGAAAUGUCAAGAUAAAAAUGUGAAUAAAUGCGCUUCAAUUUUAUUUUUUCCAUGACUGGGACCAAAAUGUGGGUCUAUAAGCAAACCUUAGUUACAAAAUGGCGGCAUUGUUGUGACAUCACACUUAGACACUGGUAUCCGGGGUACAUACCCUGGAUACCCAUUGGUAUCAAGGGUACAUGCCCAGCAUGGAUACCCAUUGUCUAAUUGUGAUGUUACAAUCGCCAUUUUGUAACUAAGGUGUGCCUAUAGAGGGAUUGCAUUUAGCAGCCACCUUGGUGGCGUGCUUUGUUAUGGUAAUUCAUCAACAAUUAAUGCACAAGAGGUCUUCUAUAAUGCGCGUCCCUGUUGAACAAAAUCACACACCUCAAGAUGGCCACUAUGGAAACAGUCUAUUAUGUAGACCUGUCCUAUAUGCAUAGCCAUCCUGGGUGUAUUGUAUACGGUUAACUGAUUGUGCCCAUAAUGAACGUGUGGUGCAUAUUCAUUAGAAGAUAAUUAGGCAUAGUGUCUUCCCGAAACUGGUUAGAAUAAUAAUCCACAGUAUCUUUACUUAAGUCAAGGAAACUAUGCAUCAAAUUGUAUCUCUUCAUAUUUUUGCGUUCCUUUGUGUAAGAAAUUCAGAUCCGUAGGUUUUUGCGAAUUGCUGAAGGUUGCACCUUAGUAAAUUAAUUACCUUUGCAUUGAUUAAUGUUAUUAAAAUA